ACAGUGAAUUCGUGUGAUUGUUCACCUUUUUGCAUAAAUACUUACUGUCACACAAUUUAAUGUCAUUCUCAGUGCGCGCGCAUGUUUGUUUUGGAUAAAAUAUCGAGAUUACAUUUUUAUCUACCUGGCAAUGAUCUCACUGUGUGUUCGCAUGAAUGUUCAUCUUUGUGCAUAAAUACUUACUUGUACGCAACUUAAUGUCAUUCUCAGUGCGCGCGCGUGUUUGUGUCUGUGUGCGAGUGCUUAACGAUGCGUAGUUAGUUUCACGUGUCCAGUAUCAUUUGUUGACACAACUUUUGUGCAAGUAGUGUUUCAUGAAAACGGUUAGGGCGAAGACUAAAAAUGGACGCCACAACAGCCAAAGGACUUUGCAUACUUCUGCUCUUUCUAGACACCUUGUUGUUUGGGUGGCCGCCCUAUUUAUUACUGCGCAACAAUGGGCGCCAAUCAGAGAGAGCGAUACAAAUAAGGUCAACCAUCGUGUCAUACUUGACGUGUUUCGCUGGCGGAGUGUUCUUUGGCGCAUGCGUCCUUCACCUGCUUGCUGAAGGGCGCGGUGAGAUGGAGGACUACUUUCAAAAGCUGAAAGUUGACAUCAAGUUCCCCGUGUUUGAAGUUCUGGUAGCUGCAGGAUUUUUCAUCAUAACGUUAUUGGAACAACUGAUGCACCGGUUCCUAAGUCACUCCCAUCCCGGCGCUGGACCUCUCCAGAACGAAGAGAAUAAACAAACCGAAUCAGAUCCCAGAUCCUCCAAAAAAAGUGGGAGUUCCAAAAGUAUAGACAACCCAGUUUACAGAAUCGUUAUCAAAAACGCAGUUGAAGAUAGCAGUUUGACUUUAGUGGAAGGCAACGGGGUCACGUCUUUUACAGAUGCCCACACUGACACCGCGCAGUGCUCUAACGACAGGCCAUCUCGCAAAGAAGAAGUAGAAAGCGGACACCUCUGCUGCAAGAGUGACCAUGCUACAGAAACUGAAGCCAAUUAUGGAGCUCUCAACAAUGUCGCAGCGCGAAAUCCCAGCCAUGAGCAAGACAAACAUUCAAACGGUGCAGAGGUGGCACGUAUCGCUGACAUGAUUCACGUGAACCCACUCCGAGCUUUUCUGCUGCUCUCCGCCUUAUCAUUUCACACAGUGUUUGACGGCCUGGCAGUGGGAUUACAAACAGAUUCUGUCGGUAUAUGGGAGAUGUUUGUUGCCAUAUUGAUUCACAAAUCGUUGGUCGCUCUCUGUCUCGGAAUGCAACUGUUUCUUGUUUACCAAUCCAAGCCACUUAAAGCCUUUGUUUGGGUCUUUAUUUUCUCGCUUAUUUCACCACUUGGAGUUGGACUUGGGAUGAUUCUGACUUCUGGAAAUAUGGACGAAAUGGCCGAGAGUCUGGUCAGCUGGCUUCUGCAAGGCCUAGCUACUGGGACAUUUAUGUACGUCACGUUCUUCGAGAUCCUCUGGGAGGAACUGGUCAACAAGAAGGGCAUUCUCAGACUUUUUGUGGUCGUUGCUGGCUUUGGAGGCAUGGCAGUGGCCAAAUAUUUUGACAAAGAUUGAAGAAUGUUUCAGUCUGAUGUGAACAUUUAUUUUGCUAAUGAAGUGGCUGGAGUGACUUUGUUAAAUCGAGUCUAUUAGUCCACAGAGGAUCAUAUUCUUGGAGACGAGCGGAGUGAUGGUGAUUUUUGGUGUGGAGAGGUGAAGAUGUGUGGAGUGUUGUCAACUGUGGUGUGGAGGGGGUGUAGACGUAUGGAACCACGUCAACUGUGAUGUGGAGGGGGGUGAGGCGUGGAGUGAUGUCAACUGUGGUGUGGAGGGGGGUGAGGCGUGGAGUGAUGUUAACUGUGGUGUGGAGGGGGGUGAGGCGUGGAGUGAUGUCAACUGUGGUGUGGAGGGGGUUGAGGCGUGGAGUGAUGUCAACUGUGGUGUGGAGGGGGUUGAGGCGUUGAGUGAUGUCAACUGUGGUGUGGAGGGGGUUGAGGCGUGGAGUGAUGUCAACUGUGGUGUGGAGGGGGUGUAGACGUUUGUAAUCACCUCAACUGUGGUGUGGAGGGGGUUGAGGCGUGGAGUGAUGUCAACUGUGGUGUGGAGGGGGUUGAGGCGUGGAGUGAUGUCAACUGUGGUGUGGAGGGGGUGUAGACGUAUGUAAUCACCUCAACUGUGGUGUGGAGGGGGUUGAGGCGUGGAGUGAUGUCAACUGUGGUGUGGAGGGGGUGUAGACGUAUGUAAUCACCUCAACUGUGGUGUGGAGGGGGUUGAGGCGUGGAGUGAUGUCAACUGUGGUGUGGAGGGGGUUGAGGCGUGGAGUGAUGUCAACUGUGGUGUGGAGGAAGUAGAGGUAUGGAGUGAUGUCACUUGUGGUGUGGAGAAAGUAGAGGUGUGGAGUGAUGUCAGUUGUGGUGUGAUGGGGGUUGAGACAUGGAGUGAUGUCAACUGUGGUGUGGAGGGGAUGUAGACGUAUGUAAUCACCUCAACUGUGGUGUGAAAGGAGUAGAGGUGUGGAGUGAUGUCAACUGUGGUGUGGAGGAAGUAGAGGUGUGGAGUGAUGUCAACUGUGGUGUGGAGGAAGUAGAGGUAUGGAGUGAUGUCAACUGUGGUGUGGAGGGGGUGUAGACGUAUGUAAUCACCUCAACUGUGGUGUGGAGGGGGUUGAGGCGUGGAGUGAUGUUAACUGUGGUGUGGAGGAAGUAGAGGUGUGGAGUGAUGUCAACUGUGGUGUGGAGGAAGUAGAGGUAUGGAGUGAUGUCAACUGUGGUGUGGAGGGGGUGUAGACGUAUGUAAUCACCUCAACUGUGGUGUGGAGGGGGUUGAGGCGUGGAGUGAUGUUAACUGUGGUGUGGAGGAAGUAGAGGUAUGGAGUGAUGUCAACUGUGGUGUGGAGGGGGUUAAGGCAUGGAGUGAUGUCAACUGUGGUGUGGAAGGAGUAGAGGUGUGGAGUGAUGUCAACUGUGGUGUGGAUGGGGUUGAGAUGUGGAGUGAUGUCACCUGUGGUGUGGAGGAGGUUGAAACGUAGAGUGAUGUCUCCUGUGGUGUGGAGGGGCUUGAGACAUCUGUUAUAAUACCACCUAUGGUGUGGAAGGGGGGUUGAGACAUCUGAAAUGAUGUCACCUGUGGUGUGGAGCGAUGGUUGAGACAUGUAGAGUGUGUGGAGUGAUGCCUCUGUGGUGUGGAGAUGUGGAAACUGUUAUGUGGAUUGAUGAUUGUCACAAGAACAAACAAGAGCAAAGGGACUUAGUCUACUCUUCAACUUUGACAUCAUGAAAAAAACAAGUAGAAACUUAUCUCAUAAAGACAAAGAGUUUGUAAAUAUUAUACAAGGGACACAAUCAAGUAGAAAAAGGGGUGGACAGCCAGUUUGUUUAACUAGUAUUACUUUGGUUGAACAAAUAUAAGUGUAGUGAUGGUGACUGUGGUGUGAAGGCAGUGGGAAUUAUGGUGAUAGAUUAUCACAAUGAUUUUGGUGUGAGGCAGUGGGGAUUGUUGUGUGGAAUGAUGGGGAUUGUCACUGAUAAUGAUGUAGAUUGUGGUGUAGAGAAUGUGGUGUGGAGUGAUGGCAAUUGUAGUGUAGAGAUUGUGGUGUGGAGUGAUGGUGAUUGUGUAGAUAUUGUGGUGUGGAGUGAUGGUGAGUCAGUGAUUGUUGUGUAGAAAUUGUUGCAUGAAGUGAUGGUAAUUGUGGUAUAGAAGAAGUAUAAACUCUUGUGUGGAAUGACUGGAGUCUCAUGAAAUAUAUUCCUGUACUAUAUUACAACUUCCUUUGUUAGUGACCAUAACAUCACCCUAGACCUGUGAUACUUUAUUUUAUCUAAUGGUAUAUUUUCUCUUAAAUGAUAAAUUAGGUAGUAAGUUUUUUUCUUCUAUUUUGUAAAAGUAAAAUAGUGUCCAUGUGAUUAAACAGUGAAUUAAACUCAUUGCUUGGGCUAA